AUGUCUGUAGUAGCAGGUUUGAAAGGCGAAGCUUCGCAACAAGCUCGAUCGCUGUAUCGUCAACUACUGAGACAAGGUGGUCAAUUUGCAGCAUACAAUUUCCGAGAAUAUGCGAAACGUAGGACAAGGGACUCAUUCAGAGAGCACAAGGACGUUCAAGAUGAGAGGAAGGUCCAGGAACUGAUGCAAAAAGGAUUGAAGGAGUUACAAAGCUUGAAGAGACAAACUGUCGUUAGUCAGUUUUUCCAACUGGAUCGAUUAGUAGUUGAAGGUGGAAAAUCGGGAAAGCAAUCCGGGGAAAGAAAUGACAUAAUGAGACAAAAAGACACAGGAUUGGACUGA